CUGCAGGGAGCUCUGCAGAAGCUGAUGCAAAAGGCAAAAAUAUGUGAUGAAUGGCAGGAUGACAUUCAACAGCAGAGAGCUGACUGGGAGAACCAAAUACAGAGCAAUGUAGAAAACCUUCAGAGACAGUUUAAUGGACUAAGAGAGUUCCUGGACUCCAAGGAGAACGAGGAGCUGCAGGAGCUGAAGAAAGAGAAGGAAGAGGUUAUAGAAAAGCUGGAAGAGUCUGAAAAUGAGCUAAGGGAGCAGACAGAGUUGGUGAGAGACCUCAUCUCAGAUGUGGAACAUCAGUUGGAGCUCUCAACCUUGGAAAUGCUGAAGGGUGCAAAUUGUGUCCUGAGAAGGAGUCAGUCCUUAAGCCUGCAACAGCCCCAAACUGUCCCCCAAAAGAGAAAAAGAACAUUCCAAGCCCCAGAUCUGAAAGGCAUGCUGCAAGUGUAUCAAGGACUCAUGGAUAUCCAGCAAUACUGGGUUCAUAUGACUCUAUUUGCAAAGGACCACACCGCCAUUGCCAUUAACAAAGAAAAAAGACAAAUACAGUAUAGAAGUUACAAAACAGUUCCAGUUUCUGAGAUCUACCAUUUGGGUGUCCUGGGAUAUCCAGCUCUUUCCUCAGGGAAGCAUUACUGGGAAGUAGACGUGUCUAGAAGUGAUGCCUGGCUCCUUGGAUUAAAUGAUGGAAAGUGUGCUCGUCCCCAACUUCAUUCAAAGGAAGAAACGGGCAUCAACAAAAAACUUCAUUCUCCGAUCAAACAAAAUGUAAUGUUUCAGCCUAAAUGUGGCUACUGGGUUAUAGGGAUGAAGAAUUCGUCUGUAUGCAAGGCCUUUGAUGAGUGUUCUAUCACCCACAAUUCCAGUAUCCUGGCCAUCUCUCUGCCUGGUCGUCCCAGUCGUGUCGGAGUUUUCCUGGAUCGGAAAGCUGGCACUCUCUCAUUUUAUGAUGUUUCUAACUGUGGAGCUCUCAUCUAUAGGUUCUAUGACCCUGCCUUCCCUGCUGAAGUCUAUCCAUAUUUUAAUCCUAUGGCAUGUUCAGAGCCAAUAACAGUAUGCACACCACCAUCCUAAACCCUCACCUAUACCUGUGCAGUGCCCCCAUGUCUCCACUGCAUCAUUCUAACUUAUUUUUUGUCUGGGGCCCUUUAUUUUAAUAACCUUCACUUCUAAUCCCAAACCACUGUGGAUUCAUUUCCUUGAUCCAGUUGCUUGUCUGCUCAAAAGAUGAUUACUGUCAUUUGUCAUUUCCCAUAUUCCAAAAAUAAAAAAUAAAAAUGGUUGUUUCCUCACAAAGUAAAAUAGAGCCUCUGCUAACACCAUCUCUGUAGAAACACAGUCAAAAGAAUGACUCAUGGUGAGCAAUGUCUUAGGAACCUCUAAGAGAAGCCCCAGAGAGAAAGAAAGAGGGCCUUUAACCUCAGGGACAUUUUGUUCCCUGGAUUGCUUUGGAUGUGAUUUUGUGCCUCUUGCAAAAAGAACAUCUGCAUUCAAUUUGUAAGAUCGGUUUACUCUAGUUGGAUGUCAGAACAUAGCUAUAGAACCAAUUCCUGUGCAAGGAUAUACUGAAUGCUGGCCUCAAUGUACAAAUUCUGAAUAUGGACUUGCACCUUGAUUUCAUGCUUUUCAAGAUAUCAUCUAUAACAUAGUACCAGAUACUUGUGUUUAUAUGGUCUGUCCUGAGACAGUUGUAGGAAAGGUUUGUUAAUAUGUUCUUACUGGUAUGUAUUUACAUGUUUUUCUGAUUUGGUUCUUCUGGACUCAUUAACCUUCCUGCUUUCUUUUGUACAUUCAUGUUUAAAAGCACAGUGAAACUGAAGAAAGGUUGUCUGCAGCAUCAGGCUGUAGUCACCCCAAUUCAUUAAGGUCUGCAAACCCCAAGUCUUACAGACAGAACUACCUAGGCCCACAACGGUAUGCACACCUUCUUUAUGGUGUUGCCAGAGAUAGAAGCCAGGGCUUCGUGAGUGCUUAUGAGUUGCUCUACCACUGAGUUACUUGCCUCAGCUCUGUCAGGUCUCCACAGCCACAUUCUUUCUGUCACUGACAAAAGAUGAGAGAAAGUUCUUUUCCAGCGUGGCUAGCAGUUUAGGAAAUUAUAUGUAGGAGUCUCUCUUUAAGGAAUAGGACUUAGCAGAAGGUCAGUUUAACCACAAUGCUUGUGUUCCAACAAAAAGUUAAGAAGGAGACAUCUCAAAUGAUAUCCACUAAGACCAUGUGUUUAGAAUAUCCAGGUUCUAAUGCUGUCUCUCCACAUAGCAUUACAACCCUGAAUAACAUCAUCUCAAGCCUGUGUUUGUUUGUUUGUUCUUUUCUUUCUUUCUUUGUUUAAUUUUACUUUUUUAUUUUUCAGUUUUGAUAAAAUAGCACACCUAUAUUACACAUCAUUUUAGGAAAAUAAAUUUGAAAUCUUUAGAAGGCUCUGAGAGUAAAAGCCCUUUCCUCUGUGAGUGAUGAACUGUGUUCAUUUACUUAGACCCUCUUGGCUGAAGGAAGCAGCCAGCUCCAAGAGAUGAUCAUCUUACUUCACAAAUAUGCUACAGAACAUCUAGGCUGAAAGUCAUACACAAAUGAGAGGAGACUAUAUUAUUUUUAGUAAGAAAAGAUCAAUAAGUAUAAUGUGUCCAGUGCACACUCUGUACAUGGGGGUUGUGCUAAUUACUGGGUAGAUGUGCUGUACUGAUGUUCUAUGUGACACUGUGUUACUGAGGAAACUAAGGUAUAGAUCUUCUCAUGUCUGGAUAUUAGAUCCUGGGAGCUGCCACCAAGACUAUUCUAAUGUGUUGUGGAUAUCUAUAUUUUUUUUCUUUUCACACUUACUUUUUGAAAGGAUAUUUGUUUAGCUGUAUUCAUUAUCAAGUAAGUUAAAAUCUAUGAUUUUCUAUUCACAAUAAAUGAUAAUAAUGACAAUGAUACCCAUAACUGAACCUUCUGUUAUGUUGUGAAAUGUAAACAAUAGAAUGUUUCUAGGAACUCAUAUUACUUCUAGCAGAUAAAAGGUAUCAGAUACUGUAUCUGUUAAGUUUUUUCUACCCUUUGUUGUGACCACAAUAAAGUAUCAUUGG